AUGUCUAGGCAACUCGGCGCUGGGCCGAAAGAACGGCGAGAAGGAGUCAUCUGCGCAAAGCACAUCUACACUAAUAUCGAGAUGCAUUGCCAGGGUGCAGAACGCGGUCAGGGUGCAGAUGGUGUCGAUGCGAAGGUGGUUGGCGUACGGAUUCGCUACAGGAACGUUCGGUUCGAACCCGACUACCCUGAUUUCGCCGGGUGCAAAUGGGGUAGGGCCUUGGGUGCGGAUCUGAAAAUGUGGGCUGGAACAGCCGCAGUCGAUUGUGGUUGUCCAGCACGGACCGAGGAGGUCAUCUUUCUUGUGGUCAGGAAGGAAAGGGGCUAG